GUGAAAACGGAUCCGAGGGAAGGAGGAGUGAGAGAUAAAAGGGAACAUUAAGAGGGAGGGAUGAUGGAGGGCGUGGUGGAGAUAUAAAGGCGUCCCCGCAUCGACUUCCUCAUCACUUCAUUUCUCCGCUCACACUUCUCUACGUCAACUACAACAACUCAGUCAUCAUGGGUGAAGUUCAGACCGCCAUCGUUUUACUCAUCAACGCCUUCCAAAGGUAUGCCGGCAAGGAGGGCGACGCGAACGCCAUGAAUAAAGGAGAGGUGAAGGAUAUGCUCAAAAACGAAUUCGGCUUGGAAAUGGGGAAAGCCAAGGACCAGGCAGCUAUCGACAACCUCUUCAAGGAUCUGGAUGCCAACAGCGACAACAGCGUGGAUUUCAUGGAGUUUGUCAGCCUGGUGGCUUCCCUCGCUAUGAUAAUGCAAGAGAGCUUGGUGAAAGCCAAAAAAUAGAGCCUGUUUCCAAAAAAAACUACCUUCAAGUCAUACGUACUUCAGGUCAAUAAUAAACAACAUGAAAAAUA